CACCGCCAUUUUCAAUUUCCAUUUUUUCAAUGACAGUCACAGUUGCGAGAAGAAGAGACACGUGCGCGGUAUAUUUACCGUGAUUUCUUCCUCCUUAUCCUCAAAGAUAGAAACAGAAAUGGCUAGUAUGAUAAACCAAGAUGAGGCUAUGCAGCUGGCUGCAGAACUAGAGGUGGAAAUGAUGGCAGAUAUGUACAAUAGGAUGACAUCAGCGUGUCAGAAGAAGUGCAUCCCACCCAAGUACAAGGAGCCUGACCUCAGCAAGGGGGAGUCGGUGUGCCUGGACAGGUGUGUAGCCAAGUACCUGGAGAUCCACGACAGGUUAGGCAAGAAGCUGACGGAGAUGUCCAUGCAGGACCAAGAAGUCAUGAAGAAAAUGCAGCAGCAACAGCAGCAGCUUAAUAAAUAACCCAACGUGUGACUCUGCAUUUUCCAUUUUGGUAUAUACAUGUACCUUUACUUUAUGGACAUGGUUUACAGAAAAUGUGAUUCCAUUUUUUCUCUUUAAUCAAGAUCGUAGGGCCUGAUGUUACCAUCAUGGUGAUAAAGAGCGGCCCAUAGCGAUAACUGUAGCAGGAUUUCUUCUCCCUAAGUCAGAAACAUCAAGCUUAGGCAAGCUUGACUUCACUGACUUAAUAGGUGAAGCAGGGGUUACGAAGGCUGCUCGAGAGUUUCCUUACCACAUGUACUUCAUUCCGCUUCAUGUGAAGUUAUUCCAGAGAUACUGUCUUCCACUGAAUGUAUGGAAGUGAUGAAGAUUAAACCAUGUCAAGGGAAUAUUGAUGUCACAUGCUUUGGCUCUGUACCAAUUUGGCCCAUGGUCCAUCAAACAAACUCUGCCUAGCUAAACCCUAACCUUGUAACACUAUUACUGUACUGAAGAAUGAUGUUCGGCAAAUAGAAGAUGUUAAGAAGUUGACCAGGGUGUUGGACUGUUAGUCAGAUUAGCAAUGGGCAGAGUUGGUUAAGGGCUGAAGUAUCCUGAGCCCCAGGAAUAGCAGUGUCUUGUUGGUCACUAUUUUUCGUUACUUGCCAUCCUGGAGCCAUACAGAAAGCAGCAGAGUUGUUGUAAGAUGGAAAAAUCUUUAUUCUGACAUGUCAAAGCAGAGGAUUGAGAAAACAAAAGUUAUAUAUUGAUGAUGCUUUCAGUAAGAAGUCCAUUUGUAUUUGCAUUAGCAUAAUAUGCCAUAUGCAACUUACGUAUGUAUUGUGCGUGUAUAGUGUAGUAUAUCAUACUGGAGACAUGGUUGCAAUGGAUGGAUUACAUUAGAGGUACAUGAUUAUACAAACAUAUGCAUAAUUGUACCUCAAUUUGAUUAAUGAUUAAUGCAAUAUGUGAAAGUAUUCUAUUGUUUCGUAGUACUAUGACAAAAAUAAACAAGUCUAUGUAGAUUUUGAAAUUAAAUUGGUUACAAAA